UGUCUAAAAACAAAAAUUGUAAUACAAAACUGUAAUUUUGCCUGUGUUUCUGUAUGGGUGAAAAGCAUGGUCUCUGAAACUAAGGGAAGAACAUAGACUUACAGAUUUUGAGAAGAGGGUGCUCAGGAGAAUAUUUGGGUUGAGGAAGGAUGAAGUGGCAGGAGGUUGGAGGAAACUACAUAAUGAUGGGUUUUAAUACUAUUGCUCUUUGCCCAGUAUAAUUAGAAUGAUCAAGUCAAGGAGGAUGGUAUGGCUGAUUUUAGCGUUUCAGAUGCCCAGAAAAUGGAUGAACCUUACAAUUGAAGUCUAGAUGUAAUACAAUGGAUGGGGAUAAGUUAGGUGGAAGUAGAGUCACAUUCAAAUAAGCGUUGUGUAUCCUGUGUGCGUAGUUAGGACAGUUUUGCAAAAUAAAUUAAUGAAGAAGAUUAUUAAAUUAACUGUACUAUUGAUAUACGUCGUUUCCUUAUCUAUUUAGUAUAAUAAUUCGAUAAAAUAAGGCACUAAGAAUUGGACAACCAUGAAUCAAUUUUAAGUGCAGUAUGCCUUUUUAUGUUCUGGAACCUUAGCUUUUGGCACUUAUUUUUAUUCCAUAAUUUUGUGUCGUACAUUGCGCAGUUUUACUCAAUUUAUGGGUUUUUUACAUCAGCGCUAAAUUAUGCAGAACGUUGCUCAGCUUUUGAACUCUAGUAUUUUCUUAUUUGGAGUGGUCGCCACUGUCCAUUGAGGUCACGUUCACAGAGAAGAUAACUCUGGUUCGAAGUUAUCACGGAUCGGCACAGUGUGGUUGAUCCGUGGUUCUUCUGUAUUUGCGCGGGAAGAAGCCAAUUUUGGCAGCCUUUCUUAAAAGAUUGACAGAAAUAUGUGCAGUGUUUAACUGUUUCUAAAAGAUGGAACAGUUUUGGGUUUUUGUUAAUUGCUUAUUAUUUUGAAACCUGUAUUUAUAACUUGAUACGAUGGAAAGCCUUGGUGUCAGCAUGCUGAAGAAUUCGGUCAGUUCGCUCGUAGUUAGCAGUAAUGAAGUCAUAGAAUUCAAACUAGUACGACAGGUGGCGGACAUCGCCAAUGACAGGUGCAUAUUCAGACCUGUAAUGUCCCAUCAGGUGUUUGGAGACAGGGAGAGUAUUUUUGGUUAUCAUGACCUCAGGAUCAAGUUGUACUACACUGCUGCCAGGCUGACCACGUACUUUGGCAUCUCUUACUUAGACAGAGUGACUCCAGACAAGUUUGAGGGGGUCCAGGCUGAUGAGAUCUUUGACAAAAUAUCUGAAAAGCUACAGCCAGGGUUCCACACAAACUUGGAUGAUUUCUGCAGUGAUCUAGAGAAGGAUGUCAACUUUGUGCCAUUUGGUGAACUCCAGCAUGCAUUCACCACCAAUGAUGGUACCCGCACCUGGGAGAUUUAUAUGUGUGAAGUGACAACACCAGGCUUUCAGAAGUACCAUGAGAGAUUGCAGACAUUUAUUCUGUGGUUCAUUGAUGCAGCCAGCUUCAUUGAUGCAGAUGAUGACCACUGGAGGUUUUUUAUGAUAUAUGAGAAAUAUUCUCAGGAUGGGAAUACAUGCUACGCUGUUGCUGGCUAUGCUACAGUAUAUGAAUAUUAUGCAUAUCCUGACAACACUCGGCCACGGAUCAGUCAGAUGCUGGUGCUACCCCCCUUCCAGCGGAUUGGUCUAGGCGCUCAGCUGCUGGACAGUAUAUACAGGCACUAUGCUAGUCAGCCUCGUGUUGUGGACAUCACAGUUGAGGAUCCUUCAGAUGAAUUCCAACGCCUGCGGGACUUUUUGGAUGCCCGGAACUGUAGUAGGCUGCCCAGUUUCAAGGCAUGCAUGCUUCAGGAGGGUUUCCAGGAGAAUAUGGCAGCUGAGGCGAAGUCAAAGCUCAAGAUCAAUAAGAAGCAGGCUCGUCGUGUGUAUGAAAUACUGAGAUUGCGCAUGACAGAUAUCCAUAACGGUGAGCAGUACCGACGUUACCGCCUGGAUGUUAAGAACCGUCUCAACAUACCAUACCAAAAGGAGCAGCAGGAGUUGAAGCGGUACAAGGAGCGGUAUAAGGAUGGAGAUAUCCAGGCUGCACUGUCGUUUGCAGACCCCAGUCAGCGCCUAGAGAGUCUGGAUCGGCAAUACCGAGAAGUGGAGGCACAGUACCUACAUGUGUUGCAGCGCCUUGAAUCCCUUUAACAUGUCAUUACAGUAUGUGUUCGGUACUGUAAAUUGCAAGAGAAGCAGGGUGCUUGUCCUCUAUAGAAUUUUGUCUUCCGAGGCUGUGGCAUUUGUCUUGAGAAAUGCAGCAGUGACCUUUUGUUUUGUGCUGUGUGAAAGAAUGAAGUAUGUCUGUCUACUAAGAUUCAGAGUUGGCAUUGUAAAAGAGUCAUGUAACAAAUGUUGUUAGUUUGUCAGUUGGUUAGAACUAUCUUGACGAAUAUACAGUUCAGACCAAAUAUGGCAGACUUACAUAUUAGAAAGGAACAUUAUAAUUUUUCAUGUUACAAAGUAGAUUAGUUGAUUUUGAUGUCUGUGUCCAACAUGUGAAAUGUCCAUACCCCAUGUAAUUGGGAAUUUGAAUGUUGAUUUUCUCCAUUAUAAUUCUGCCAUGUAGAGAGUACAGGCAGUGUGACAGCUGCACAACUGUCAGCUUCUCUUAUGUUAGCAUAUUAUGACAUAGCUCAAGAUGCUGAUUGAUAUUGCUUAUGUGAGCAUUUGAAUUUGUCUUGAAAAUAAAAGUCUCCAUUAAAUUUGCCUAACAUAGUAGUAUAUGUCAGAUUGAACCUUCUUGUCACUUGUGUAUAUUUCUGCAUGGGUUAUAGGUGGAAGGUUGUGUAUAUCUGGUUCUGUCCAUGUAUACUUAGAAUACUCACUGCAGUGCAAGCCAAGUGCGGUACUUCUGAACUCUCCCGACUGUCCGUUCAGUGAAGGACUAAAUUUAUAUUUUAUCUUAUUGAAUAAUGAACAAAAUUUAAGAUCAUUUCAUGUGAAAGUUGUUGUAGUUCAAAAAAUGUGUGUGUUGUAUUUUCUGCAUUUUGAAUUUUAUUUAAUCAUUUUGAUAAACUUUAUAAAAUUGUGUUAUGAGGUGGCGACACCUCUCCAGUCCCAUGCCUUUCCAACAAGUCAUGUUUAUUUUUAUUACUUCUGUGGUGAUUAUGUGCACAGAUGGAUAUUAUUAAAGUUUCCUUUUGCUAAGCUGCA